UUUUAAUACCAGCAGAGUGAGAGUAAAAGAGCGAAUUUGAGCGAGCUGCCUUGUUUUUUGUCGACGGCAACAGCAACAAUUCAUUGCGACCACCACGAUCUCAACGCAUUUGCUGCUCUGUUCUGGUUCUGUGCUGUCACCAAAAAAUUUUUCAACCUCUUACACACCGAGCAUUGUCAAUUGUGUUGCCGUCAUCAUUUCGGUCAAAGAGUAGCCUGAAAAGUGAACAUUUUUCCUAAAAUAGUUGCACAAUUUAAUCUAAAAUGCAAUAAAACAAUAGACGGAUAAUAAAAUGAAGUGGAAAUUUUAAGAAACUAUAAAUAUUACCCAUGAACAAAGUGAAAUUCACCCCUGAAAGUUGCUUGUGUCAAGUGCAAUUUUAGCAACGUGGUCACGCCUUGUGAUGAAUUUAUCGAAUUCCAUUAAAGUUUCGGUGGAGAAAUAUCUGAUCAUCUGAGUGUGGGUUAUACCUCCUUCAAGUUUGUGACCAGAUUUGGAAGGCUUACACCCAAAAAUCUAAGCACACUUUCACACAUUGCCCCCCAUAGGUAGCCCAGCCUCAACUCUUUUGUAACAAAUAAAUGCAACCAGUGAAGUGAUUCCAGCUGCUAAACUCGCAGGAUUCUCAGUAACAAAGAAUCAAUAGGUAGAUACAUCGUAUACAUAGGUACUACAAAUUCGCUGGCGAAUUCAAGGAACCCAUAUUUAAGCAACAUAAUUCAAAGUCAACAAUUAAAAUUGAUUUCGCAAGCAGAAGAUAAUUCAAAAAUACUAAACAUUUCUACAACGGCUAUUUAAGGCCGUUUCAUUAUGGAUUUCUAUAAAAGUCGCAGUAGCAACAGUACCAGCAGUCAACACAGCAAUAGCAGCAGCCACAAAUCUCAUGCCUCAUCAAGCAAUAACGGUGCCUCCUACAAUUUAGAAUACUGCACAUCUUCAUCGUCGCUGUCACCUUUUGCCACAAAUACAUCAUCUAUUGGUGGCCGAUCCUGUCCAUCAUCGUCAGCCAAAACAAUUGUUAAUGUGGGCAUAGAGGAUGUGAUCCUUUCGAUCACCAACAGCAAUAGCAAGAGUAAUAGCUCAACAUCACAUAUCUCAGCCUCAUCGUCUUGCUCGCCAAGAAGUUUGAUAACGGUCACAAAACUAGCUUCAUCCUCAAGUAAUAUGUGUUCUAGUCAUAAUACAGCAAAACGCAAACGGCGUUCAUCCACAAGUCUAGAUGAUCGGGAUCCUGAAUUGGGUUUCGAACCUGCUGCCAAACGUCAACAAAGAUUGCCAUCCUUGUAUCAAAGUGAUGCUGGAUCCGUGGUCUCGUCUGUAUAUCCAUCGCCCGUUGAUGAGACAUUGGUUAAUGAAAUUGAUACUCGCAGUUCAUCGGAAUGCUUAUCGACGGCCACUGAUUUUGAAGUUACACAUGACGAUAUUCCCGAUAGUCCCAACAGUUUACGACAUGAACUAGAAGAGGAGAUAGUGCACGAUGACGGACAUGAUCAUCACGACGACGACGACGACGAAGAAGACGAUGAUGAGGAGGACGAUAUUGAGGAUGAUGAUCACAUUACGGACGAUGAUGAUGUUGAUGAUAUUAUCUCACCAAAUACAUCACCAUCCAACUGUUCAACUGCCUCGACAAAAGCUACACAAAUUUAUAAUCCAUCGAGCACGGAUGCUGUUCAUCAUGGUGAACGUACUCCUGGUCAAAGGUUAUCUACCUCAAAAUCACAAUCAUCAUCAUCUGCCUCAACACAACAGCCCAAAGUAAAAUCAUUCGAUGAUUAUCUAUCGGCUCACUACGAUUGUAUGACACCUGCGGCCGAUCCGGAGCCACCACGCCAAUGUCCAUUGCCGGCUUUAUCCUGGGCCAAUGCUCAAGAUGUUUGGCAGCUAAUGUGUAAAAAAGAUGAACAAGCCUCCUGUCUACGCAAUUCGUCAAUGUUAGAUCAUCAUCCUGGCCUACAGCCACGCAUGAGAGCCAUUCUUCUAGAUUGGUUAAUUGAAGUUUGCGAAGUAUACAAACUACAUCGUGAGACAUACUAUUUAGCUGUUGACUAUCUAGAUCGUUAUUUAAGCGCACAGAAAAAUGUUCAAAAAACUCACCUGCAAUUAAUUGGCAUCACAUGUCUUUUUGUGGCGGCCAAAGUCGAAGAAAUAUAUCCCCCAAAAAUUGGUGAAUUUGCCUAUGUUACAGAUGGCGCUUGCCAAGAAUCCGAUAUCUUGCAACAUGAAAUUUUACUACUGCAAGCCUUAGAAUGGAAUAUCAGCCCUGUUACCGCCAUUGGCUGGUUGGGCGUUUACAUGCAAUUGAAUGUCAAUAACCGUACACCUGCCUCGUUCCAAACCUCUCAGAGGAAAUUAAAACAACAACAGCAACAACGUAUACCUCCUGCCAAUUCCACACAUAACAACGAUGUCGCCAAUAGGUUAACAAAAUCUGGCGACGUUGAUGACGCAUUUAUUUAUCCACAAUUUUCGGGUAUGGAAUUUGUACAAACUGCUCAACUAUUAGAUCUCUGUUCACUGGAUGUUGGUGUGGGCAAUUUCCCAUACUCAGUGAUUGCAGCCGCAGCCAUUUCCCAUACCUUUAAUAGAGAAACUGCUGUCCGUUGUUCUGGUCUUGAAUGGAAAACAAUCCAGCCCUGUGCAAGAUGGAUGCAACCAUUCUUUGAAGUCAUUUCGGAAGAAUCACAUAAUUUACAUUUAUUAGAACAAAAUGAACAAAUCUCAACUAAAUUUGGUCUAGGACAUAUAUGUCCAAAUAUUGUCACAGAUGAAUCACAUAUUAUUCAAACACAUACCACAACAAUGACAAUGUUUGAUCGUGCUUGCCUGCUUCAAGAACAAUACUUGGCAAUGGCCAGUAAAAUUAAACAAGAAGCUUCUCCCGCCACAGGUCUCAUGUAUCCAGAUGGCUUACUAACACCGCCGGCAUCUAGUCGUAAACCUUUAGAUUGCAUAGAUGAAGAUGAGCCAAAUCAUCAUGUUCACAAUGUCAUAACAAAUGAAAGCCGGGAUAUAAAUAAAUGAGCAAAAAGAAGAUGUUACACCUGAUUGACAAGGGAGGAGGUCAUGGCAAAAUAUUCAAGACUUUGCCAUUAAGAUGGUAUCUUAAAAUCCAUAAAUAUACACAACCCCAACAAAUACACUGCCUUGUAAUAGCAAAUCAGCAACACCAUCAACAAAAACAAUAUGUUAAGUAAUUCUAAUUUAUUAAUAACUUAUUCAUUAAUUCAAUAUCCAUACAAACAAACCACCCCGCAAAGAAACACAAAACCACACAAAAGUAAUUAAUUGUUUUCUAAUAGUUAAGUUUAGUUUAAAUUAUAGCUUAGCGUUUAAGUAAUAUAAAUGUAAAAAAGUUAUUCUAUAAAAACAUAUCGGUUAAACAAAACCACCGUAUAAUCCUCUAAAACACAUACCUCUAUUCCAUAUUAAUACAUUAAUCCAUAAGACUGUAGCUUUUGUAACAUAAUCGCCAUUACACUCUCCAUCCUCAGAUCACACAUGAACUUAUUCCCCACUUUCGUUGUACGGCAAUUUGUUUGUAUUUGUGUGUUGCUACAACAAAUACUCUGCCGAAAAAUUGCGCAGCUUUGUUAACGAAAAAAGUGGAACAGUCAAUUUUUAUAACAUAUUUGUUCAGUGGUUCAAUUAUUUACUUUUUGUUUUAAAAACAAAAACAUUUUUAAUGACCAUUUUUUUAUUACUUUAAAGCAAAUGAAGUUUAUGGUUUGCCUGUGGCCACUAUUUUAUUUUCAACUGAAUUACUAAUUCAAGCCACAGUUUUUGUUUGAUUCUUUUGUUGUUUUAACAUCUGAAAAUUUUAACUUUUCUCUUGGGCCACUGGAUUGAGUAUAUUUCUCAUAAAAUAAUCACCACUCCACAUAACCUAACACCAGGAAAAAAUAAUGUCCCUUUGUAUAUAAUUAAAUAUGGGGAACUAGAAUCAUUUUCUUUAGACCUUUGGUAAAAAGGAAAACAUAUAAUAAGGUUCUUUCAACAGCAUACAAGUCUUGUGCCAAACAAAUUUUGAGUUAUAAGAACUGUGAAUUAUUUUUAGUUGAAUUUAAUUUUGAUUUCUUAUAUUUUGUUUUGCCAAUAAGAAUUUUAACUCCUUACUAACAAAUCAUAUCAUUUGAUUUCACAUAGGUUUUUGAAAACUAAAACACUAACAUUAGCCAAAUAAGUCGAGGGCAAAGUGUGAACAUCAAAACACUAAAACCACUAACUUUUCACAUUAUAUAUUUUUAUUUUAUUGUGUUUUUUUCUCUCAUAUUAACCACUACUAACAUUAAGUAGUAGCAGCUUUUUUGGCCAACUAGGCUUGAAAUGGUAACAAUAACUAAAUUCCUAACGAUUUGGAGAACAAAUUAGACCACAAAACAAUAACAUUCCUCCCUUAUUGUUUCUCCAAUGAUCUCAAACAUUUUCUAGCCUUGUGGAUUUAAAAUUUAGUUUGCUACUACUUUUUCAUACAUUUUUCAUUAAUUUUUUAUUUGAAGACACAAGACUAAAGUUGAGUCAAGACAAUGCAGUUUAAAGAAACCCAGCCUCAGGCACAGAGUAUUGUAAACUCUCACACCCACACAAAUGUUUUUAAUGACAAUUUAAAAGAUACAAAUUAAUAUUGCGGCAUUCUUUCUUUCCACACAUAUAUGAUAAGUUGAAGUUAAUAUUAAUUUGCCAUAAUUUGCACAGCAAGUUGUUAGUCUUAAUUUUAUGAAAUGAGUUCCGUUUGAAAAUAAAGAAAACUGAAAAUGCCGCAAAACACCCACAUAUGCCGUCAAUACAUACACAACAAAUAAAAAAAAUAUGAAAAAAAACAAGACAUGUAUUUGUUACUUUGAAAGAAAAAGAGAAAAUAUAUGUACACAAAAAGGUCUCGAAAAUUUAUUUUUAUCUUUUACUAUUUUAAAAUAAACCUGUUUUAAGGUUAAAAAACAAAUAAAAAAAUAUUAUUAAAAUAAAACAAAGAAACAAACCCCCUAAAAUGAAUUCUUUUUAUUUCUAUUUAUUGCAUGAUUAAUUAGAGUGCAUGUAUGUAUAUUUUAAGUUUAAUUCAAGGAAAUAUAUUGAAAAACGCUUUUAUUGUUCAGGUUUAAUGCAAGAUUUUGUAUAUAAUUUAUAUUCUUAUUUUUGGUAAUGUACUGGAUCGUAACAUAAGCUCCAAAACAAUAAUUUUUAGUUUUAGUUUAAGUUCGGUUCAACAACAGCUCAAAAUAACAAAAAGGGCGUUCAUAUUGAAUUUUUAAUUUUUACGUUUAGGUUCCUGGAUUAAUUUAAUUUUAUGAUUUAAGUUUAGCUAUACAUUUUAAAUAUGGAUAAUAAUAUUUAAUUUAAUUUUUAUUUUAAGCCCAUAUUAAAAUCAGAAAAAAAUUAUUUAAAAAAACAACAAAUACGCUUUUUGCAUUAAAAUGUAUAAUAAAAAUGUAUAAACAUAUAUUGAUAACAAGUAAAAAAAAAAACAAACAAUGUGUUUUAUUGUAUCGAAAAGAAAGAAAAAUUUAUUCAAAAUGUUAUUUAAGAAAAACUUGGAAUAAUGAACAUUUUUUAAACAAAUUACUGGAAAA